UUGUGGAUAGAUAGUACUGAUAGUCACCGAGAAAAUCUAGGAGAAAAUCUAGAAUGCUUGGCCUAGGUAAGGGUGUCAGAUGUCUUAUUCCCAGCAAGGCGAGUCAACAAUCCUUCCAAGUUUCAUCUACAUUGUCCUGCACUGUACAGAUCCGAUCACCUCCGUUGCAGCUUACCCAGUCUUGCUAGUUUCGGCCUCGUAUUUUCUCCGCAUAUAUCGAGUUGUUAUGUUCGAUCAAUUCAGAAUUUACAACCUAAUCAUUUCAGUCCAGAUGCGAGCAAAAGUAGUGGACGGAGAUAUCGACCGACUCGACAUUUUAUUCCCCAGAAUGUAGUUCGAUCUAUUUCACAAUCUGGCCAUGGAUCGUGGUCCAACUCCAAGCCGGAUG